AUGUCUGCAAAUGGGGACGCUCCAUCACGAUCGGUCGCAUCGCCUGUCCCGCCAUCUACUGAAGGGAAUGGAACGUCGCCUCAACAGAAAAACCGGGUAGUCCCUACAAAUACUGUCACAACCAAGGAGGCAGGAACAGUCCGCGUGCGCAUCGUGCCGAACCUGCCCGUCGAUGACGUCGUCCGCCAGUUGUGUAUCAACUUAAGGCUGAAGGACCAUCCAGCGAUGUAUGCGCUUAGAGAUGAGAACGAUGAACUUGUCACCAAUGAUAACCUCCGCAAGAAGGUUAUGGCCAAGGCCAAUUUCAAGUUGGUGAACUCUCCAGCUAUAGAGGCCGCUGAGAUUGUGGAGAAACUGGUACUUCGCGACGGAAAAUUGGGCCUUGCACUCACCUCUCUGCGGAGAUAUAUACGUGAAGAACAAUUUGCGGACGAAUUCCUGCAGCGAGACGGACUCAAUGAACUCAUUGGCGUGAUCAAGGUGUCACACGGCAACAUGCUUGCUUAUGCUUUGACUGCGAUGCAGAAUCUGAUGGAACUCGACCAUGGGUGGGACACUCUUGACGACACGUUCAUUCUCAAGAUCGUGGAGAUCCUCUCUUCGUCACAGUCUCUCAUUAAUGUCUGCCGACCCGCCACCGCCAUCUUGAAAAAGCUGGUGGAAGCAUCGCCUGCGGCUGCUCCUACUGCUCAUAUGGCCAGCACUAGCAAGGGCCCUCCUGCUCCGCCACCCGGUUCUGUCUAUAGAUACGGAUUUAACGCAGUCUUUCAGCAGAUGCGCAAGGACACCAGACUGCUCGAGACCGUUGUAGACCGCCUGGCAAGUGCAGAUACGACGAUGGCAUUGUACAGUAUGAUGCUGAUCAAUUCGUUGUUGGCAAACGUGACGGACGCCUACUGGGAUGAAUUCACUACCGCCAUGGAGCGGUUGAACGUGCGCAAGGCCGUGAUACGCCUUAUGUCUUCACACACUAUAGAAGACCUGACGUCUUGCAUCUUGGAUUUCCAAGCCAACAUGAUACGUCUGACGUUUAGGAAGAAGACGACGCCGGUCCAGCCUGAGAUAGAGGAAUCACACAAUGCUACGCUAAACUACGUGUGGGUCAGCAGCAAAGUCAGCGAGGAAGGUGAAGGUGAGAAUAUCGUGAAAUGGAGAAAGUUGGGUUUCGAUAGUGAGGACCUUACGGAGGAGUUUCGUGAGGUCGGCACAUUGGGCUUAUAUUCGUUAAGGCACUUCGUCGCUAAGGAUCCCGAUUACUGGGCCAAGAUCAUUCAGGAACAAUUGAGCCGCCCGGAAGAACGUAGGUGCCCGAUUGCCAAGGCAUCUAACGAGGUCGUCGAUCUAUUAGCGGAACAUUGGGCUAUAUAUGCUCCAGGAUACUCGACAUCAACGACGUUCCAACCAUUCUUCUUGAACUUCUCCAAGGUACACGCUUUAGCGACACAUUUCUUUCUGCGGAUGUGGAACGAGAGCGGUGCUUCCAGAGGGGAUUUCCCGCGCCUCGUUGCGCUGACCCGUAGCCAAGUGAAAGAAGCGCUGAAGCGGGAGAACGAACGUCAGUGGCACGAAAUUGAGCAAGAUUUCCUUGAAUGCGAGUAUCGCGCGGUGCGAGAUCGGCAAAUGAGGGAGUUGGAGAUGGAAGAUGACAGUAUGAGCAAGGGGCCCAUGCGUGCUCUGCGCGGAAAACUAUACAAGGAAUCCUUUGAAUUUGUCCGCCAGCAGCGGAUACACUGCCUGCAGGAGGGUGCUUGGUUCAUGAACGGUAUCCCCAUCAUGAGCAACAUAUCGAGAGAUACUAUCAGGCGACCCUCUCGCCCCUGGAGAUUCAUGCGAUUGGACAACAGCCUCAGAUACUUGCAUUACGUUGACAGCGCCGUGAAGUUUGUCGUUCGGAAAGGUCUGGAAGAUCUGCCUGAGCGGAUUGAUGCCUCACUCGUCAGCGAGGUGGCGACGGGAACUUGUAUGCCGUUUCCCUCCAAUUUGCGCGAUGUAGACGUUGCCGCAGGCCCUAGUUCCCCUCUGGCAGCUUCUCCAUUGUCUUUCUCUUUACUCACAGCAGGAGGGGCUUCGUUGGCCGACCAGAUCGCUCCUGAUCAGUCACGAUGGGCUGACUGGACGGAUGGUCUGAAUAUGUUGAGGAAAGAUGGUGGUCAUGUUGCUUCGCAAGAGACCGAGAUGUUCAUUCAAGCGCUCACCGAUAUUGGCUUGAAGAUCAAACUUUUGGACUUGACCGGCGAGAAGAUCGAUAUACCGACUGGACUGGCGGCUGGACCGCCACCUACGAAUUGCGACUUUUUCUUCUCUGAUCUGUCAUAUGAUACGCAGGCAUGA